AUGAAUUGUUUAAGCUGGAACUGCCGGGGGCUUGGGAACCACCGGCGAGUUCGCGAGCUUUCAGAAUUGGUGAAAGCUAAAGGUCCUAAGAUAGUUUUUCUCAUGGAAACGAAGAAAAAGAAGUCGUACCUUGAAAGGCUUCGGUGCCGCCUGAAGUUCGACAACCUGUUUAUUGUGCCGCGUAGAAACUUGAGUGGCGGUCUAGCUCUGCUCUGGAUGAACGAUGUUAAUCUGCAUGUUCGCACUUUUUCUCCUCGGCAUAUCGACGCAGUUGUGAACCCAGGAAUUGAUGACGCUUGGCGCUUCACGGGGUUUUACGGAGCUCCCGAAGUGGCCAACCGGGAAGAUUCUUGGUUAGUUCUUCGUCACCUUAGCUCUCAAUUUAUUUUACCUUGGGUUUGCAUUGGGGAUUUUAAUGAAAUCACAAAACUUAGUGAAAAACUGGGUGGGGCUAUUCGGUCUGAAUUUCAAAUGCAAAAUUUUAGGGAUUGUUUGGAUGUGUGUGGUUUGAAGGACCUGGGUUACUCUGGUUUACCGUAUACAUGGUGUAACAGAAGGUUUGGGGGUCAAGUGGUUUGGGUCAGACUGGAUAGAGCCUUUGCGACCUCGGAUUGGUUGUUAAAAUUCCCAACGGCCCGCCUCCAUCAUUUAUUGGCUUCAUCCUCUGACCAUAAACCUAUCUGGCUUUGUCUAGAUAAUAUUCGAAAUCGUUUUUUUAGACCCGGGAAGCCUUUCCGGUUCGAGGCUAUGUGGCUCAAGGAUGUGAGAUGCGAAGGAGUUGUUCAUUCGGCUUGGGAGGAGGUUGUUCAGGGGGACUUGAUGGGGAAAGUCAUCAAGAAGGUCGAAAAUUGUCAAGCUCAGUUACAGUUAUGGGACAAAAAUGUGUUUGGCAAUGUUCGUCGUAUUUUAGCUCGGAAAAAAAAUUGA